AUGGUUGUCACAAGCUCAGAUAGACAUGGCAAACCAACUUUGGCCCAGCCAGGUAAUAGAGAAUGGGUUUCCAUGAUCCAGAGCAUUAAUUCUCGCGGCCAGGCUACCCCGCCGUUUAUCAUCGUCGCGGGGCUGCAUCAUCUCGCGAACUGGUACGAAGAUAGCGCGCUACCAAAGGAUUGGGUCAUCUCCACGACUCCUAAUGGCUGGACUACAAAUGAGAAAGGCGUAGAAUGGAUCCAACACUUCGAAAAGCAUACUAAGCCGCGAACUCAAGGUGCAUAUCGUCUUCUAAUCAUGGAUGGGCACGAAAGCCACCAUUCAACGGAAUUUGAACUAUUCUGCAAGGACCAUAAGAUUAUCACGCUCUGCAUGCCAGCGCAUUCAUCACAUAUUCUUCAGCCAUUAGAUGUUGAUUGUUUUGGGCCGCUAAAGAAGGCGUAUGGCCGAGAAAUUGAAGGGUUGAUGAGUGUUGCGAUGUAA